ACUGAAGCCCGACACUGCAAAAAGGUGUGGGGGUUGUGUUUAGCGUGCGGCGUGUCACUGUGUUAAUUACGGGAUUUGUAAGCCAGCGUUGAUGAAAUCCGCAGACUAAGCAGGGCGUUCGUCUAUAGGGGGACGCUUCUUGCAACAUUAAACAGACAUAACAACAUAGGUCCAUAUACAAUCUGACAUCUUCGGGAAGAUCAAUGACAGGGUCUGACUAACUCUCUCAUCCACACCACGAGAAGGUCUGCAGCUAUUGGCUGAGAACGGGGAGAGGAAGUUCCACCUCGUGAUCAUAUUCUGAUUUUACCCCCUUCGACGAUAUUUGAAUCUACCGGAGUGCGAUUGAACGACAAGGGAGUAGGUCUCACUGUUUCUGAAAGCUUAUUUCCCAAUCAACGCAUACCCGUGUUACUGAGUCGCUCUCUUCCUCAGCACAAGGAGCCAAGAUGGAUGUUUUUAUGAAAGGAUUGUCUAAAGCCAAAGAAGGAAUGGCAGCGGCCGCAGAGAAGACCAAGGAAGGGGUGGCAGUCGCGGCCGAGAAAACUAAAGAAGGGGUCAUGUAUAUGGGUAACGUCACCAAAGACAGUGUUGCGACUGUGGCUGAAAAGACAAAGGAGCAAGCCUCACAGCUAGGGGGCGCUGUCUUCUCUGGGGCUGGCAACAUCGCUGCUGCCACAGGCCUGGUGAAGAAGGAGGACUUCCCUGCUGAUAUGAAGCCAGAGGAGCUGGGACAGGAGGCCGUGGAGGAGCCCCUGCUGGAGCCAGAGGGGGAGACAUAUGAGGAAGCCCCCCAGCAGGAGGAAUACCAGGACUACGAACCAGAGGCGUAAAACCAGCUAUCGCAAAUUUUCAGUCAACCAGCAGCACAAAAAAAUGAAUAAAAAUAAAUCAAAGUUAACAAGAAAGGACAGACGCCAAAACCCACACACACGAACCGUUCUAGCAAAAAAUAAUAAUAAAUAAUAAAAGUUUCCCACGGAUAUGUUCUUCCUGAAAAGUUUAAGAAACUAAAAAAAUUAAUCUUUUAAUAAUGAUAUAUUGUAAAAUGUCAUGUUUCUCCUGUAAUGUGUUUGUUGUAGCUGUUUAUUGAAUGCCUGCUCAGCCAGAUCUCACGUCUUUGUUUCCCUCCCAAAGAUGUGAGACCUUGUGCUGUUUGUGUUCGUGUACUUGUGUUUGUGGGCGUGGUGUGUAGGUGUUUCACAUCGUCAAAUGAGAAUGAGAGAAGUUGCAAUGCCCUCUGGGAAACGUGUACAAGAACAAUAAUCCUAUAUAGCUGUGUACAAUGCCUGUGUGUUGGAUCUCUUUUUCUUUCUGUUAUUAAUGAUUCGGGUGUUUAAUGGAUGUUUCACAUGUUGGGUUUUUAUACAUGGUAUCUUUACAGUUGCUUGUGAAAUCAUUCCUGUGAAUAAAAAAUCAGUUCGAUAUGGAUAUGGGCAAAACAUGUAUAUGUAUAUAUGUGUCUGGGUGUGCGCGCAUGUGUGUGCUUGUGUAUGUGUGUGUGUGUGUGUGUGUGCAUGUGUGUAUGCGUGCGUGUGUGUGUGCACAUUGAUGAUUUAAAAAAAAAGAAUUAAGUAAAAGUCAGUGUAAAUGUGUCUCAAAGUUAUUCUGGGUGUCAGUUACAAAUACGUGCUUCGAAGAAUGCAGGAAUCCACAUUGUCUUUGUGUCGAGCAAAAAUAACAAUUUUCUCUGUAAAUAAUAAAAAAUGAGAAAAGUUGGGUUUUA